CUGCUGGGCCAUUUCCAGACUGCCACCUAUACACCGGCCUUUUCCAAGUCCUUUUACGACACCAUCGGCCAGCUAUACGCACUUCCGAUCGAGCCCAAUGUGAGAGAGAUCUGUGUCUUACUCUCUGCAGCCCACUUCAAGUCCAAAUAUCCGGCCUACGUCCGCGCUCCGAUGGUGAAGCAGUUUACCACCUUGACGACGGAGCAAACUCGUGCUCUCAUGGCCGGGGAGAGGCCUGUUGAUCUGAAGAAGAAUGAAGAAAUUACAUUCGAUAUUCUUCAAGAGCUUCAAGUCACUCGUGGACCUCUUUCCGACGAGACAUUCAACGAAGCUGUCCACCUGCUCGGCAAGGAACAGACUCUGUCUGUCAUCUACUUUGCAGGUCUGUAUUCAAUGAUUUCCAUUUUGGCCAACGGAGCGGAUGUCGGUCUUCCAUAUGGAGAAGAUGAGGUUACAGUCUGA